ACUCUGCACUUUUUUGGGGGGCAAAUGCCCUCAGCAAUGAUUUGCUGGUUCUGAUCUGAACUGGGCUCUUUUCACUCAGCACUGUCGAUUUAAUUGCUGACACGAUGCGCGUGACAUAUCUUGGAUUUUUUCUUCUGCUUUGGUUCCCUGGAGUGCUCCAUGCGCAAAGUGCAGCACGGCAUUGUGAUGCCCCCCGCCUGCCUCAUGGUUAUAUUGUCUCUGAGCAAAACGAGUACGAUCAUGGAAGGACCCUCACUUAUGCCUGUGAAAAAGGACAUAAACCAGCAGUGGAGGGUUGGUGGGCAACAAGCACAUGUCAAAGUGGCACAUGGUCUCCUAAACCACAAUGUAUAGUGGAAGAAGGCUGUAUUCCACCAACGAUACCCAAUGCAAAGUACACAGAAAGCCUCACCGGUUGGUACGAAGAAGGAGACAAAAUUAGGAUCACAUGUGACGAAGCAUAUGAACUCAAAAACAAUGAUGCCACAGCUGUAUGUACGAAUGGAUCAUGGUCCUCUGUGCCAGUCUGUGAGAGAAGUGACGAUGCAUGUGAUGCGCCCCCUAAAGUACCACACGCCGUCAUCGUUGAUCACGGAUACCAGGAGCUGUUUGCUGCAGAUACACAUCUGCAGUAUGAAUGUGAAGACGGAUAUACUGCAGAGGGAGCAGGCAACGACAAAACCAUCGUGUGCAUAGCUGGAACCUGGACUGAAGGCCCGACGUGCAGCAGUGCAGCCACACCUGGUGCUGGACACGGUGGAUCCACAGAGGGAGCAACAGGUGGCAGUGGGACACAACCUGCAGGCAGAGGAACCACACCAAGUACUGGACAUGGAGGAGGUUCAUCUGACAGCAGUCUACAGCCUGCAGGUGGAGGAUCUUCUACCACCUCUGACUCAAACGGGAGCGACAGCAGACCUUCAUUCUUACCAAUUAACAACUGUGGACGAUACCCGUUCGUUCCAUAUGCCGCUGUGGAAGCUGGACGAAUGAAUUUGAGAUACCGAUGUGAUGAAUAUCACACACUAGUUGGUUUAGACACCGUGGUGUGUCACAGCGAUCGCAGUUGGUCAAAACUACCUGACUGCAAAGAGAAAUCCUGUGUCCUGAAUCCUGCUCGAUAUCCUCUUUUACAACUAUCUGGAUUUCAACAUUUAACAGGAGCGUGGAAACAUUUUCACUGUAUUUGGCCUGGUUACUACACUUUUGUUAUGUGUGAUAAUGGAGAGAUAACGACUGGACAAUGUUGUAAUUACUAUGGACAUUGCCUGUAAAGUACAGCAGAGGAGUUACUGCAGGACCGACAACAAAGACAAAGACCUCCAUCAGAAAACGACGACACCAACCAAACUUUUGUCACAUUUGUUUUGGAUUUUAUCGUUAUUGCUUUUGAAAAAAAUUGCCAGACAAUAAAAAACAGGCUGUGUUGGGACUGAUUGUUCUUUGACCGUCAGCUUGGAUGUUUACGAUUAGAAUGAAAUGACUCUUGAAUACUUUGAAUGCAUGAAUGCAGUUUAUAUGGUCCACUACUGACUGAGACAGUCGGAAUAAAAUGUUUGUCAGGAAUCUUAA